UGCUCUGCCUGCUCAACAAAGGUUGGAGAGAAUAUGCAAAGCCCUAGCAGCCCCCAGGACCGCUGUUGCCCGUCCCCUCCCUCUUCCCCAGUCAGCGAAGCAAAGAGUGACGGGGCUAGAAACAUGUGGGUGUUUGGAUAUGGCUCUCUCAUCUGGAAGGUGGAUUUUCCUUACGAGGACAAGAUGGUAGGAUACAUCACGGGCUACAGCAGGAGGUUCUGGCAAGGCAGCACGGAUCACCGUGGAGUGCCGGGCAAGCCUGGAAGAGUUGUGACACUUAUUGAAGAUCCUGAGGGCUGUGUAUGGGGUGUUGCAUACAAACUGCCAAUAGGACAAGAAGUUGAAGUAAAAGCUUAUCUUGAUUUUCGAGAGAAGGGUGGAUAUAGGACUACAACUAUUGUCUUCUAUCCCAAAGAUCCUGCAGUGGAACCUUUUAAUGUGCUGUUAUAUAUUGGAACCUGUGAAAACCCUAACUACCUCGGACCUGCACCCCUAGAAGAAAUUGCCGAACAAAUUUUUAAUGCAGUUGGUCCUAGUGGAAGAAAUACAGAAUACCUAUUUGAACUUUGCAAUUCCCUCAGGGAUCUUGUACCAGAAGAUGUGGAUGAACAUGUUUUUACUUUAGAGAAACUAGUAAAGAAACUGCUGGAACAGGAGCAAAACAAACCUGUAUAACAGUCGCUUUGCAAACGGUUUCUUCACUAUCAGACUAAGUUUAUUCUGUUUAUAUUGUUUAUAUAAUUUGGAAAUUAUCCAUCAAAAUUUUAAAAAAAAUAGUUUUCAUAUUUCAUUGAGGCAUCAUUGUCCUUGUGCAAUAGAGCUUUUUAAAAUAUUUAAAUUUAAGAAGGAACUUUGAAUUUCCAUAAAGUUUUAAGAAUGCUUUUCUGUUCAUUUCUCAAAUUUGAAUAACUUAGGCCUGAUUUAAGUUGAAAGGAAACUUUAACUUUAAAUUAUUAGAUUUUGUUUUCCUUUCUAAAAAAAAGUUUUGAACUAGAUUCUUCACUUAGAUAUGGAUGCAGUCCUAUGCACAAAAGGAAGUCCCUUUCAACAAAGAAUGAAAUGCAUAGGAUUGAGUGAUGUGUGUUGACAUAAAUGUCAGUAUAUUCCUUCAAAAAUGUUCCCAAUGGGAUUUGUGGAUUACAGCACUGAAAGAACAAUUCUUUGUACACUUGUUUAGGAUUAAGUCCAACAUGGUACAAAGUAAAUGUGUGUAGGAUUACAUUGUAAAUGGCAAUUAUAUCUAUAUGAAGGGCCUGGAUUAUUUGUACAACUGUUUGAAACAUAUUGCUUAUUAUAUAUUAUUUAUCAUUUAGUUUAACUUGCCCAAAUUCAGUAAUUUAUAUAUAACUAUUUGCUUAGUGAUAUGAGGAUCAAAUAGUUACAAAUGAAAGGAAACUGCAUUUUGCAUUCAUGGUUUCGAUAUCGUCAGAGAUGUAUACUGAUACAUCACAAGGCUUUCUCUCAUUUUUUUGAAAAUGUAAUCAGGGAAACAACUUGAAUCUAGAGUAAUAAGUAUGUAACAAAACUCCUAUCCAUAAUCAUUGGGCAAUUUUCAGAGAUAGUCAAAUUUGCCUUUAUCCCAGUAAUUAGAGCUCCAUAAAUUAAAAUUCACAAUAACCCUUUGCUCAACCUUUACUAUGCCAAAAUGAUGUUGUCACCAAUACCUAACGAUAUAGUUUCACAACUUCUUGCUUCUAAACACUCAAUAGCACAUUGAGGUACAAGAAUAUUUCUUCUUCAUUUUUUUUGUUUUUAGUGACAAUCCUUAGUUUUUAUAAAUUUCUAUGCAUUUGUAAAGCUUUCACUAUGAAUACUGCCCUUUUCUUUGUACACUCUAAUUGGAAAAAAAUUGGAAGUAUAUGGAUUAUGCAGCCCAGCCCAUUUGAAAAGCAGAGGAUCAGCAUUUGAAACACAAGAGCGCAUUUUUGACACUAUUGUAUAGUAAUUCCUUUUUUCCUCACAGAGGGACUGACAGAGAUCUGACAAGCAUCUAAAUAAGAAAUAAGCUCCCUUAAAAGCCAAACUUCCUCAGAAAAUAUUGGCACAUAAUUUGCAGCAUAGGUUUUGAAUGAAAAUGUAUGCUGUAAAUUUCCAAGUCUAGAUAUUAUCAUUAAUUAACA